AUGAAGAAGGAGAUUGUGAAUGUACACAAUCGUGUGAUUCGAAUAGCCGAAGAUUUGUACGUUGCUGGGUUUGGAGGAAGUGUUUCUGCCCUCGACAUAAAGAAACAACUGGUUUGGAAAGGAUACCCUGUUGCCAAGGGCGAUUUCAACGUUUCUCAAUUGCAGAAAUCAAUUACCAAGCUUCCUAAAAACAGUUCUCUUAUCAUCAUGACCCAUAAUCCCCCAACGAUUGCUCCUACGAGUGUCUUGUAUAGUAGUAAAUUAAAUAAAAAGAUAUUUGCUGGAAGUAAAAAGCUGGAUUCCCUUGUCACCAAGGCACUUCAACAUGUAUUUCUUCCUUUUGUCUAUGCGAUUCAGAUGAAUGUCCCCGUUGUUCUGCACGGUCACUGUCACUAUGCUAUUGGAUCCAACCUGUACAUCUCCAAGUUUGGACAGACGAAGAUUCUGACCGCCGGGGCUUUUAAGAAUUCGGACGCAGCCACGUUCUCGCUGGUGCGUGUGGAUGGCAAAUGGGAACUCGUUUCUCAAACGCUGUUUAAUGUGGGAGUUCUUUAG